AGUUGCGUAACAGGCUGUACAAUUCAACGUUGUUGUCUCUGAGAGUGCUUUUCCGAAAUCAUUAAACAACAAACGGCAAAACCAUUGUUAUAUGUCCGACGCAAUCCGCCUCCCCAAUUCCCAAACCCCACCGCCGGAUUCCUGUUCUUCCACUCUCUCCUCUUUUUCUUUCCCACUAUUCUCAAUUCCUAAGCACAAUUUCACAUUAAAGAGAACUACCCAGAUCAUAGAUAGAUUAACACGCAUUUAACAAUAUAAUGCCGGCUUUAAUCGGCGUUUCUGGAACCGCAACCCCACCGCUGCGCCGCCGCGACAGAUCUCUCUAAGGCGACACCCUCCGCAUCUUUCUUUACCGAUGGGUUCAAACCCAGUUGCGAUCUCCGCCUCUUCCGGCGCCGGCGGGUGGUGGUGCCGGAGAAAUAGUUCCGGGAACGGCGGGAAGAGCAACGGUGGCGAUCUCUGUGUUGUCUCGUCGGCUUUCACUUUCUUCCUCGUCUCAUUUCUGUUGUUGGGCUCUGUAGCGGCCCUCUAUGCUCGCCUCAUGCUCACGCCUAAUGUCCAUGCCGGCCUGCCCACCUUGGGGUGUCGCGAAGACAAUGAGGGCUCCUGGGCAAUUGGGGUUUUCUAUGGCGACUCUCCUUUCUCCCUCAAACCAAUCGACGACAUGAAUUUGCAGAGGGACAAGAGUGCAGCAUGGCCUGUGGCCAAUCCAGUUGUAACUUGUGCUUCAGCUUCUCAGGCUGGAAUUCCCAGUAAUUUUGUAGCUGACCCCUUUCUUUAUGUUAAGGGAGACAAUCUUUACGUGUUCUUUGAAACGAAGAAUCCAAUCACACGGCAAGGGGAUAUUGGAGUUGCUAAAAGUAUCGAUAAAGGAGUAACGUGGGAGCAAUUGGGCAUUGCGUUGGAUGAACCUUGGCAUCUCUCGUAUCCAUAUGUCUUUGACUAUGAUGGGAAUAUAUAUAUGUUGCCUGAGGGCAGUGAAAAGGGGGAUCUCCGUCUGUACCGAGCGGUAGAUUUUCCGACAAAGUGGGUGCUGGAGAAGGUGAUAAUGAAAAAGCCCAUUAUAGACCCGUUUAUAAUUCCACAUGACGGGAAGUACUGGCUGUUUGGUUCUGAUCACAGCGGCAUUGGGACCCAGAGUAACGGACAAUUAGAGAUCUGGUAUGCUACAUCCCCUCUCGGUCCUUGGAGGCCGCACAAGAAGAAUCCUAUUUACAACACGGAUGCGAGCAAAGGAGCUCGAAACGGAGGCCGACCAUUUGUCUAUAAUGGAAAUAUUUAUCGUGUUGGUCAAGACUGCGGGGAGACGUAUGGGCGGCGGAUACGUACCUUCAGAGUAGAAAAUCUCACAACCCGUUAUUUCAAAGAGGUUGAAGUUUCCUCGGGCAUCAAAGAGUCUAUUAAGGGGCAAAAUGCGUGGAAUGGGGCCCGCAACCAUCACUUUGAUGCGCAACAACUGAGCUCGGGAGAGUGGAUUGCGGUUUUGGACGGAGACCGUGUGCAUUCGGGAGAUGCAAUGCAUCGGUUUGUUCUCGGGACGGCUUCUAUUCUCGGUGUUGCGGCAUUGGUUAUGUUGUUGGGGCUUUUACUCGGGGCUGUGAGUUUUACGGUGCCGUUAAGUUGGCGUUCCCACAAUCUUGGAAAGAAGAGCGAUGCUUUUUCGUCUUGGGAGAAAUCGAACUCGUUCUCUUUGAAAUUCAGAUUGUUUUGCUGCCAGUUGAACCGUCUGAGCUCAUUUCUCCGUGCUAAUAUAAAACCAAACACUUGUGCCGGGGCUUCAAUUCUUGUCGUUACGUUUUUAAUGGCAGCGGUUUUAACGUGUGCCGGCGUCAAUUACAUCUAUGGAGGUAGUGGUGCUCAAGAACCGUACGCUUUGAACGGUCACUAUUCUCAAUUCACGUUAUUGACAAUGACCUACGAUGCCCGGAUGUGGAACCUGAAAAUGUACAUCAAGCAUUACUCGAGAUGUUCUUCGGUGCGUGAAAUCGUCGUGGUGUGGAACAAAGGAAAACCCCCGCAGUUGAGCGAAUUCGACUCUGCGGUGCCGGUGAGGAUACGGGUGGAGGAAAAGAACUCGUUAAACAACCGAUUCAAGGUGGAUCCGUUGAUAAAGACCCGAGCUGUCCUCGAGCUCGACGACGACAUUAUGAUGACGUGCAACGACAUUGAACGAGGGUUUUUCAUAUGGCGUGAGCAUCCGGAUAGGAUCGUCGGGUACUACCCCCGCCUCGCUAACGGGAGCCCGUUGAAGUACCGGGCCGAGAGACACGCUCGCAAGCACAACGGAUACAACAUGAUACUGACGGGGGCGGCGUUCAUGGACGCCCAAACGGCUUUCGAGAGGUACUGGAGCAAGGAAGCUGCAGGCGGGAGGGAAGCCGUGGACAAGUUCUUUAACUGCGAGGACGUGCUACUGAACUACCUAUACGCAAACGCGAGCUCUUCUUCUUCUUCUUCCAACACGGUCGAAUACGUGAAACCUGCGUGGGCGAUCGACAUGUCGAAGUUCUCCGGUGUUGCAAUCAGCGGCAACACGCAAGCACACUACAAAGUGAGGAGCAAAUGCCUCCGGAAGUUCUCGGAGAUGUACGGGAGCAUAGCGGGCCGGAAAUCGGAGUUUGGCAGCCGGAUGGACGGCUGGGAUGUAUAGCUUGUAAAACACCUUCUAACAUCAGGUAGUAGCCAGUGGUUGUUAGUAGUAUUAUUAUUGUUUUCUUGAUAUUCUUUGUUUUUGGUGGUAUAAGUUUUUAUGGUCUUUUAGCCUCUUUGUAGACUCUGCAAUUCAAUUUGACCUCCUGUUGUGAAUUGUGUAUUUGUGUGUAUGGGAGGAAGAGUUCAGAUGUGGUUGUUGUGCUUCACCAAA